AUGGCAAAGGUUAGAGAUAGAAUGGAAGAUUUCAAAGAUUCUAUCCACCGGGCGGCUUUGUCUUUGGGAUAUGACGAGUCCAAAAUGGCAGCCAUAUUGGCGUGUUUCAUCAUGCACAAACCUCGGCAAAGGUCAUCUUUUACCAAAGCUGCACUGAAAACGGUGUUAAAGAAUGGCAAAGGUUAG